GAUUGUGUGAUUUGUGACCUGCUUUUCUUUGUACAUUUUUAUGAAAGCUGUUAUUGGGCCUCAUCUGAGCUGCCUGCUCUGUUCCUCUUAUUGUGCAUAAGCCUUAAGCUGUUUUAACCUCUGAGCUUGCAUCUCCCUCCCCCUUCCAAUUCAGUUUAAAGCCCUCCUGAUGAAGUCCUUGAUGUUAUAGCCAACCACAUUCUUCUAGGCCAUGUGAGCUGCACAACCCAUCACUUGCCAGCAAUCUAUCUGGCAGGAAGCAAAGCCUGUGGUUCUAAAUGCAGAUGUUUUAAGACUGCAUCUCCCUUCAAGCCUAGCCAAGAGAGUGAAUGGUGAGGAAAGCUGGAAGCGGCAGUCCAACAACAAUGAGAUUUUCCCUCCUUCUGGAGUUACAGUCUUUUAAGCAAUCCUAUUGUGAAAGACACAAUCCUAUUGUGAAAGAUUUUGCCCACUCUGGGACAUGUGUGUAACAUUUGUGGACUUUGGGGGACUCAAGAACAGCUUUCCACAUGUUGAUCUUUGAUAGAAAAUUGUGAUGCUACCUGGUGCCCAUAAUUAUUUCCCUUUCAGACAGAUUUCAGUUGUGUUUAACACACCAUAACUUUUUAGUGGUUUUUAAAAUCUCUUUAGAGGGAGCCCCUGUAGUCAUAAAGGUAUUUUUACUGACUUGGGGGCUUAAAGAUUAACUUAGCAGUGUUGUGUGUAACACACAGUUGAGUUCUUCCAUUCCAUUUUGAGUCACAGGGGAGGCGAUAUGGACUUCGGACUUUUCUCCCGCUGCACCUUCCUAUUUGCAGUGGUCUCUUUCCCUAUUAGUUAUUUUAUCUGUUUGUCAUAUUUGUGCCCCAAGGUUUUCGUGGUAGCUAAGUGGAAUUACCCAAUCUUAUCCAUGUAGCAACACUAGCAGUAAUUUUUAGGGUCUUCCGGUGAACCUCAUGCCUUUGGAUAUUGAUUAGAGUUCAGCAUUCUUCCAGUUUGGGGUGGAGAAUGCCUGACUCUGCAGAUUUUGUUUGACUGCAGCAAAAGUCUAACAAUGCCCUAAUCAGCAGGCAGCAGUGUAAGGGUUGGGGGAGUUGCAGUCAGUCGUCACCCAGAUUCCACAUGCUCCCCACCCCUGUUCUAGCCACUACAUCAUACGUCUGUUCUACAAAGAUGCUCACUUUAACUGCAUCCCAUUUUAAGGGUUUAUAGAGUUCUGUGGAGGUGAGGUUAAAAGAAGGGAUGUAACUCAUUAGCAGAGCAGCUUGCAGAAGGUCUGCUGUUCCACUCCUGGAUCUACAGCUCUUUCAACUCCUCCUUACCCUUGGAUUUGUGAGAUUCUGUUGGCAUAUCCUUGGCCUCCAUUCAGUCAAGAGGACGUAAGAACAGUUCCAUCACCAACCAGCUGAUGCCUACUGAAGUCAUUCUGAGGUCAUUCUGAUCUCCAUAGAAGAAAGAGUAUCUCACCUUGGCUUGAAGAAGAAUUUAAAAAUAAUAAUGUAUCCAGUUCCGGGUUCCAUGCAUAGAACGGAAGGAGACAAUGGACAUCCUAGGAAACUUAUCUCUUUCCUUUUUGUUUUUGGCAUUACAUUGUUAUGUGCUGGAUUUCUGCUUUCAAUGUUUGUUCUACAGACAUGCCCAAGUGGAGCCUUCGGUGACUGCAAAGGAGCUCUUAAAAUCAUUGGCCCCCUACUUGCUGUUGUCGGACUGGUUUGUAUAAUUCUGGCACAAUCAAGAGCCAAAGGCUACCUCCGAGAGGUGCCUCUGCAUGAUGACCGGGUUUAUGGGUUUGUUUUUUGCCGAGGAAACUGCCAGUUUGCUCAGUUUCUUGUCUUUGGUUUUUUGUUUUUAACUAGUGGGAUGCUUAUUAGCGUCCUUGGUAUUUGGAUCCCUGGAUGCAGCCCCGGAUGGCGCUACCAGCAGCCGUUUAACCAUAGCAAUACGUCCAGUGUUGAACUGCAGGACUGUGGAUUUCAUUCUGUUCAAACGAUGGGUCCUUUGAUCGUGCUUAUUGGGUUGUGUUUUUUUGUGAUAGCUCACAUUAAAAAGAAGCAAAAUGUAAGUUUCGUCCAAGAAUCUUCUGUCCAGGAAGAAGAACAGCUAAAUCCUGAAUCAUUUCAUGUCACAGUUGGUGACACUGUUAUGGUGUUCCCUCCUCCACCACCACCUUAUUUUGCUGACUGUGCUCUACAAACAUCAACUCCUAGCCUAGUGACGAGUGAUUUGUCUUUAACUGAAAAUCCUCCACCAUACCACAGUACUUCUACUGACUGAGAACAGUACAGUAAUGUCUGAGGCCUGGCUCUUUACAGAGUGAAUGAGCUGUUGUAUGUCUUCUCAGGGAGUCUUGCAGCUUCUGAGGCUCUCUGCCGUUCCUCUGACUCAUCUCAAAGACAUAAGGCAAACAAAGCAGCUGUAAAUAGUGGGUGUCUCUUGUCUUCCUCUCCCUACAACACCCGGGUGAUCCAUUGCCAUCCACUUAUCACACAGAGUAAAAAAUGCUCAAGGCUAAAGUGAAAGGAAAGGGAAGGAAGGAAGGUAGGUAGGUAUAUUUAAUGAAUGAUUGAAAGGAGCCACAGGGGUACAAGGUGAAAAUAGGCCACGGUGUUGCCUGGCUUCCUCAGUAGCUGGCAAAAAGAGCAAGCAGUAAUCUCCAUGGGCAAAAAGGCAGAAGACUUUACAGCAGAAAACCCUGCUGAGCCAAGAUACCUGUCACUGGCAAGCCCACCCAACACAAGCUACUCUGGAUAAUCUCUGGAGAGAAACUCAAGACAGGAGGGCCCCCAGAAAAAUAGUCCCUUUUUGGUGGGUGCCUUGCAUGGAAUCAGAAUAAAGGUUAUCCUACUGUGUCAAGGUCUGCUGCCAAUAUCAAAUAGUACUAGGGUACAUGGCAGCUGCAGGAUGGAGAAAUUCUGGUGGCUUUGUGUCCUCCUCCCACCACCCCCAUAGACAAACUCAGAACUGGUGACUUUGGAGACCUGAAAGUAUAGAGCUUUUUGUGCUUGGAUAGACCUUCAUGUUCCAAGAGUGUGCUUUUGUAAAUGUGAAGUUUAAAUCGAUUAAAC